AUCGCGUCAGGCGUGCAGAAACAUGGCAGCGCUUUAUGAGGGCUAUACGCUGUGUGGACUCGUACCAACGCAAAACCCCUUGUUUUCGGGAAUUUUGGGGAUUGAACUGGACGGAGAUGUUGAUCAUGUCCUUGUCACAGACUCGUCGAGAUCUGUCACCGUUUACAAGGUGUCUGAUCAGAAGCCUCUGUGCAGCUGGACGGUGAAGCAGGGACAGAUCAUAACCUGCCCUGCAGUGUUUAACACACUGAACCAGGAAUAUGUGGUCAUUACAGAUGACAAAGUUGUUAGAGUUUGGAAAGAUGAUGAUGUCAACAUAGACAAGGCUUUUAAAGCAACAGUUUCAGCUGAUGUGCUCCGAGUGCUCUCAGCUCCUGAGUGUGAACCUGUGGUGCUGUUUCGUCGUGGGGCUAUCCGGUUCCUGGACUCACUGCUGGCUGCCCCACAGCAACCCAUAGAGGAAGUUUUGUCAGAGGAGGAAGUCAUCAGGUGGAGUACUCUCAUUAAGGCAGAGCAACCGAUUGUUUUGUUCAGCACAGAGCAGAGAGGAGAGUACUUCCUGUAUGCUCAGAGAUUUAACCCCAACACUCUGGUGAAACACAGGUUUGAGACUGAACCCAGUCUCUCUGCACCUCUCAGUUUCUCUGCUGCAUGCAGGAACGGCAGCAUACACCUGUUUUACUUGUACUCAAACGGUAACUUGUAUGAGAGUGUGCUGCGAAUCAGAAGUUCAGCUAAUGGAGCUCAGGGUGUCCAGGCUCUGCCUCGCUUCCUGCGUCUCAGUUUGCCUGUCGGGCAGGGAGAACAAAUGUCGGGCGCAGCUGUUGUGCUUGACGAGGCUCAUCUUGCUGUGGUUCGAUUUUCCCACCCUUCUGCUGGAGCUAGCAAAGAUUAUCUGAGCAUCUGGAACAUGCAUUUCCAAACUCUUCAGGCCAGUAAGGAGAUGGCAGGAUGGAUCUAUAGCCAGUUGUGGUGUUAUUAUGGGAAGCUGUACAUACCUCAUGGCAAAAUUCUGUCUGUAAUUCCCUUUGAGUGCCAGAAGUCAUCUCUUGCAGCUGCCAUGGGAAAACUGAAGCAAUCUGGUCAGAGUGAGUCCAAGUCAUGUGCUCUUGCAUCCUCCUGGACGCAGCCUUAUAGUGACAUCACACAGACACCAGGAAACAGCAGCAAUUUAACAAACAGACAAACUGUGUCUAAUCUAAAGACCAAGUCCUCUGCACUGACAGUGGACCAGCUUGCAGAACGCAUUAAGACGGGUGCAGUAGAUGAUGUUCAGUCAUUGGUGGAUGAGUUUGUUUGUCGGACCCCUCAGACUGACCUCCAGCUGGAAGCAGGCAGGGUGGCAUUAGAACUAGUGUCCAGAUCUCAAACAGACAACAACUUCUACCCUCACAGUGCAUUUUUACUGCUGUUGCAGACACCGUACCUCUGCCAUAGUGUGUGUCCUGAACUGCUGCCACUGGCUCUGGAGAAGAAAGACUUCUGUGUCUGUCAGAUUGCUUUCCAGAUUUUCCCUGAUAUCCCUGAAGCUGUCACCUGCGCCUGCCUUAAAGCUAUUCUCAGUACUCCUGACUCUGAGAUGGAGACCGUGAAUCUUGACACGGAAAAUAUGAUGUUCAUGAAAGCUCUGACCCAGUCUGGUUGCUCACCAGAGGAGGAGGGUUGCCAACCUAACGGCUUCUGCCCCCCAGCACUAGAGGAUGGUGGACCUGAAGCCCCUGUGGCCUCUAGUAGCAAGCCACAGAGAGAUCCCUUAGCCCUGGAUAUGAGCUGUCCUGUGGGGUUACACAAAAGUGCCCUACUAAAUGAGGUCUUGCAAACAGCGUACAGUGACCGACUCCUGCUGCCUCAUUUAAAGGAUCUCACAGUUCCACAGGUCAUACUCUUUUUACAGUAUCUUCAGUUCCUUUAUCUUAAAUAUUCUCAUGAGGCGCCCACACACAUCCAAGCUGUGCGAAUCCCAACUAUGUCCCAGAUCAUGGACUGGGUUUGCUUAUUACUAGAUGCUCAUUUCACAGUCUUGGUUAUGGUGAAAGAAGCUAAACGAGUGGUUUCUGAUCUUCACAAGUUUGUGAGAUCACAGGUAAAACUGUAUGCUGAACUGGUCAAAAUUGAGGGAAGUCUUCAAGGGCUCAAGAAGUCCAAACAAUCUGAAGAUUUUGGGCUGUACUCCAUAGAAGUUAUUGAGCUCUUUUAGAUGAUCUGUACAGUUUAUUUUUAAUAAAAUUCUGCUCAUUGGCUCCAUUGUGUGCCAAAUCAUUGACAUUAUUUUAAUAAUUUGUUUUUGUUUUACAGGAAAGAGAUUGUAAUUUUUUUUUUUUUUUUUU